UCGUUCCCGAAAUAAUUUAUCCAAAUCACUGUGAUAAUUAAGAUUGAUUUCGCCCAUAAUCGGUUUGUGGAGAGAGAUCCAGUCGCCGGAAUCUCCGAAUCGGAGCGCCACCCGCCGAUUCCCUCACUUUCAGUUUCCAUUUCCCUAUCAAAAACCCAACAAAAUUAGAUUCUUUUCAUCGAUUCGUACGAACAUAAAUGUGGUGGAGAUCGGCCUCUUUCAUCCUCGACAAGCAGCAAUCCGAAGGCGUUUCAAAACCCCCCGAAACCCUUUCCAUCUCCCAGUCCCCACCCGCGCAAUCCUCUAUGGCUGACGCCUUCCAGAAUCCAAACCCUAAAAUCUCUGCCUAUUACCAAAGUAGGGCUGCCCACACCGCCGUCGUCACCAGUGACUGGCUCGCCCAGGCGCAGGCCGCAGUCGGGUUCCAGGCCGACGGCCAACCACCGUCGGAAACCGACGUUAGGGAUUCUGAAUCCAGCAAGCCAUUCUGUGUCAUCGAUGAAUUUGAUAACUGGAGGAAACUGCCGGAUUUAGCUGAGGCAGUUGCAGCUAUUCGGGCUUUGGCGGCUGUAAUAAGGUCUAGUCAGGCCACGACCAUGAUGGAGCUCGAAAUUGAGCUGAAAAAGGCCUCGGACUCUCUAAAAUCGUGGGAUACGACUUCUAUAUCAUUAACAGCUGGCUGUGAUUUGUUCAUGCGUUAUGUAACUCGAACAUCGGCUUUAGAAUAUGAGGACUUCAAGUCUGCCAAGUCUCGCUUGAUUGAGCGGGCAGAAAAGUUUGGGGAGAUAUCUUGUAAGGCACGAAGAGUUAUUGCAAUGCUUAGUCAGGAUUUCAUUUUUGAUGGCUGUACAAUUUUGGUCCAUGGUUUCUCUAGAGUUGUUAUGGAAGUUCUGAAGUUGGCUGCACAGAAUAAGAAGCUCUUCAGAGUGUUUUGCACUGAAGGAAGACCAGACAGGACAGGUUUGCGUUUAUCCAAUGAGCUUGCUAAACUAGAUGUCCCAGUAAAGCUACUAAUUGACUCAGCAGUAGCGUAUACGAUGGAUGAGGUUGAUAUGGUGCUAGUUGGGGCUGAUGCAGUAGUUGAAAGUGGAGGUAUAAUCAACAUGAUGGGCACGUAUCAAAUUGCAUUAGUGGCACAUAGCAUGAACAAACCGGUGUAUGUGGCUGCUGAGAGUUAUAAGUUUGCUCGACUCUACCCAUUGGAUCAGAAAGACAUGGCCCCUGCCCUGCGUCCCAUUGACUUUGGGGUUCCUAUCCCAUCCAAGGUUGAAGUUGAAAAGUCUGCUCGAGAUUAUACUCCUCCUCAGUACCUUACUCUUCUCUUUACAGAUUUGGGCGUUCUCUCUCCAUCUGUGGUGAGUGACGAGCUCAUCCAACUAUAUUUAUAGUCAAACUCAAACGUGUAGUGUUUGAUUUUUUGCACCAUAUAGUAACAAUUCAGAAACAAAUCUGCCUCAUGACGACCUAAAGCAUGGAUACUUUUACUCUAGAAACAAUCUUGUUUGUAUUCAGUAAUCAGUGUUCCAAAUGUAGUCUAGUUUUUGGGAUGUGAACUUUCUGCACGUCUAAGCAUACCUGAUAAGUGCACGUAUACUUUCUAUAAAACAGUGCACGUUAUGUUGUGCUGUUACUUA